AUGGAUGAAGAAGAAGAAAGCGUGGAGAUGACGCCCGAUGAGGCGCUACAGUUCAUAAAAGCUCAAGAUGCUGUCAUGGAACCAGGUGUUCUGGAAUCGUUACGGAUUUAUCUGGAAGAAGGUUGCGGUUGCUCAGAUACGGCCAUAUCUUCAUUGGUUACUGGUUAUCAUGCCUAUGCUCAGUCAGUUAACAUGUCGGACUGGUUAGUGGCGCUGGGUGACCCUCAACCUGAGGACCCAAAACCAACAGCACCGGUAAAGAAGGCAAAGCGAGGUCGACGUGGAGCGAAGCAGUCGGCAAAGAAAGCUGAAGAAGAGCGAAAACAGAAAGAAGAGGAGAAAGCUAAAGAAAGUGAUACACCGAAAAGCCCGUCGAAAAAGCAUGAUGUGGAGAAGAAACUGGAACCAUUUUAUGGCAGAAUGGGUGGGUUCUAG